UCCUCCUGCUUUGCUCGUAUAAAUAAUAACAACCUAAGUCUGAGCUAGCAUGUGGAGACGGUAUCUGCCAGACAAGUAGCACGUUUUACACACAUUUAAAACAGUCCGUUUGCUGAAUACAUUAUUGGCUUGCUGUAUAAGCAAAGAGAAAACACAGGUACAAGCAGCAGUAUGUCGGUCGACAGCGUGUUUAGGACCCGCUCUCUCGGUGUUGCCGCCGAGGGUCUCCCUGAUCAAUAUGCCGACGGCAAAGCAGCGAAAGUCUGGGAGCUGUACAUCGGAGACACGCAGAGUAGGACGCAGGAGUACAAAAGCUGGGUGGUGUCCUUGCUGAGAGAGCAAGGGGUGCGAAGAGUGCUGGAUGUAGCCUGCGGAACAGGGGUUGACUCUAUUAUGUUGGUGGAGGAGGGGUUUAAUAUGAUGAGCGUGGAUGCCAGUGACAAAAUGCUCAAGUAUGCACUGAAAUCAAGAUGGGAGAGAAGAAAAGAGCCAGCUUUUGAUCAGUGGGUUAUUGAAGAGGCCAACUGGCUGACGUUACCAGAAGAUAUUCAGAAACCAGGGGAUGGCUUUGAUGCUGUCAUCUGCCUUGGCAACUCAUUCGCCCAUUUACCAGACUUUAAAGGGGACCAGAGCGACCAAAAGUUGGCCCUUCAGAACAUUGCCAGUAUGGUCAGACCAGGUGGGAUCCUCAUCAUUGACCACCGUAACUACGACUACAUCCUGGAGACUGGGCGAGCGCCACAAGGCAAAAACAUCUACUACAAGAGUGAUCUAACUCAGGACAUCUCCACCUCUGUGCUGUGGGUCAACAGUAAACCUCAUAUGAUUACUCUGGACUACACUAUCCACGUGCCCCAGGCCGCCCUGCAGAACCUUCCUGAAGUCAGUAAAUUCCGUCUGUCUUACUACCCUCACCGUCUGGAGAGCUUCAAAGGGCUGCUGAACGAGGCGUUCAAUGGCAAAAUGGAGCACAACGUCUUUGGAGAUUUCAAGACGUACAUCCCAGGCCAGAGCCAGCCUCCCUGCUACUUCAUCCACGUCUGUAAGAAGACAGCCUAAGAGCCCUGCCAACCAACUCACAGCACACACACACACACACACACACACACACACACACACACACACAC